CAGAAUACGAUGUACUUGUUGGCAUCGAUAAUUGCCAAAAUACAUACCCUUCCGAACGCGCUGUAUCCAAACUCUCCACAAAUUCAGGUUGGUCAAUCAUUACGGAUGUAUUUGUCGCGGUAUUGAGAUUGCAUUUCAACCAGCUCGUCAGGCACGAUAGCACAGCACAGCUGACUAUCUUGGAAUAUCAAACUUACAGUGCACAGGCCAAAUGCCAGUGGAACAAAAUGCAUGGAUUCGUUUCCAGGAAGGCUGUGAUCAGUGAUCUCAAUGCCGCAGUCUGAUCGGUUGUACCCGUCUCGUGGGCCCCGCAAGAGAUACGCUCUGUUUCACAUGUGAGCUGCCCCGAGAAUUGCCACAGAUGGGUAUGGAAAGCUGAUUUGUCAACGUGUGAUAUGUGCCAUAUGCUACUCUGCAGUGGUCAUCAUCAUCACUAGCAGCAUUGGCAAUUGGCUUCAUUCUCGUUCUCUAAGGAAAUACACAGCAAGGCUUCAUGUAGAGGAAAAAGUAAGAUGCAAGUCACCCAUCUGUACAGCCCCUGCUCAACAUCUGAGCAAGAGUCUAAGACCCCUGCAGAUGGCAAAGUCGGGAAGGAGAGCAGUGAUGAGGAAGCCAAGACAGACUGCAAGGCCAACUGUGUGGCAGGGCCUUCCAGACAGAAGGAGCACCUCCCUGCUGAAACAGAGCUGCUUCUUCAACCACUACCAUCAACUCCUGAAGAUAAAUGGAAGCCUUACUUUGAGAAAUUUGAUGUGGAUGGGAAGGGCAACAUCAGUAUGGAAGCCUUCCAGGUGAUCCUUUACAAGCAUGGACUGAAGGAUGAGCUGGAUCCCCACAAGUUGGAAGUCCUGGAAGCCACGAUCGAGGACAACACUGGUGGGAGGCUCAGCUACCAAGAAUUUGUCAAUAUUAUGAGCGACAAAAGGACCUUGAGUUUCUCAAUUGCUGUCCGCACCCGUGGCGAGAACUAUGACACAGAGAGCACCCUUCAGCUGACUGAGGUCAAGCCCCCCUACCGGGAGCGGCUUCUCAAGCUGGUGGCUGAUGAGGUCCUGACGAACGACGAAGACAGGAGGAGUUUCCUUGGUAACUUCGUCUGGUGUCUUCCCCCUCUAGUCAUGCUGUCUAUCAGCUGCAUUGAGCUUGGCUUCUACAUUGGCAUUGGAGUCAACAUGACCCGUACUGACGUCAACACCACCCUUGCUGACUUCUGGACGGGACCAGUGCCCAAGAGCAGCUGGAUGAUCUUCGACCCGGAGAAGAAGAUCCAGUUCUGGAGAUUUGCUACAUAUAUUUUUGUACACGGAGGCAUAGAGCAUCUUCUUUUUAACUUAGCUGUGCAAGUUUUACUUGGUGUUGCCAUGGAGAUGGUCCAUGGGUCACGGAGAAUUGGUGGUCUUUACUUAUCAGCAAUAGCUGCAGGGUCCAUGGGUUCCUCUGUCCUCGACAGGACAAGUUUCUUAUGUGGGGCUUCAGCAGGCUCAUAUGCUCUCUUGUCUGCACACCUUGCUAAUGUAUUGCUGAAUUUUUCUGAGAUGAAGAUAGGAGCAUUGAGAGUGGGUGUUAUUCUAGCUUUAGUAAGCAUAGACUUUGGCCUGGCAGUCUACAGAAGGUGCUCUGGUCUCAAGACGGCGACAUCCUUUGUAGCCCACCUGAUGGGCAUUGCCGUUGGCCUGACUGUCGGGCUUUUCGUCAUCCGCAACUACAACCAGCGACUGCAUGAACGUCUGAUGCUGUGGGUGUUCACGGUCCUCUACAUCGCUUUUGUCAUGUUCGUCAUAUUCUGGAACAUAUUCUACAAGCCAGCAGUAUAGCGUCCGGUGACAUGCCCUGCUAGAGGCCUCUUCCAUCCUGGGUUUGUAAAACAACAAAAACUGUGUAUUUAUAUCAGAAAUGCAUCCGGGGUGUUUUCACUGAAGUUGAUAGUUUGAUCAGCUUGAAUACCCCGGGAUAGUUUUAUUGUAGGAAUAACUGGAGGGCUUUUGUAAACUUUGUCGUAUCUGCUGAGAGUUUUAGCAGCUUUUGAGAGAUAUCCAAAGAAAAAAAAUUGUUUUCGCACUUAGUGAAUGUGAAACAUGUUUAGGUGUCUUGCAUUGCGUGUUCAAAUUUAGUUAUUUGGUGUGCUCGAAAUCGGUUUGAGUAUGUGCUAUUGGUAAUUGCUGUUAAUACUUUAUAUCCCCUCCAUCUUCCUUCGAAAUCCACCAGAAGGCUCGGGAGAAUUUGGGCAAGAAUGAAAAAGGUCAAGCCAUUCCACUCUUUGUGCGUUGGGUUUGAUACCUAAAAUAGUGCAUUGAAUGUCUGCAUGGCGGAGGGUAGUGCACAACUUGGGAGGGUUGUAGCCAAAAAUGCCCAUCCUGUUAGGAUUAAAUUAUCAAAGAUAGAUACAUGUAGUGUGGCAAAAGAGAUGGUAAAUCACGUGGUCAAAACAGACAGCACGUUGCAUUCUAUUACAGGUGGGUAAGAUCAACUGCAUUUGGACCUGUUUUUUUCUUGACGCAUGUAGUUGCCUCUUUAAUACUGCAUCUUGCAGAAGCUUAGGAAGUAACAACAAGUGUGCUGUCAACUUACAUCUUGAAGUGCUAAGCUUGUGUUGAGAUCAUUCUGAAAAAAAAAAGCUAAAUUUGUUAAGCUGCUGAGCUUGGAAAUUUGCAAGUCACCGAAAAUCUGUUAAAGAAAAAUGGGUUACCAGCAAGGAAAUCAUGGUAUGUACAUUUGUUGUGAUUGGUAGUCUGCCGUUUUUUCUGAGUGCAUACAUGGAGAUAUACUGAGCAAGAUUGUGUGCUAAGCAGCUUUGUGAAGAGUUGUCAACACUUCUGUGUUCGGGAUAAGUUGGUAAAAAAUAGAAAGAUGUAACAGGUUGAUGUGUUUCUACUAUUCUGAGCACAGUUCAGAGGGUUUUCCUUAAUCUGGACUUCACCUGCAAUUUUUUGGCAAAGUUGCCCAAGUUUGAAGGGCAGGUGUGUGCAUUGUAUUUGUUUAUUGAUCACCUUGCACAAAAUCAACAAGGAAACAUACUCCACAAAAUAAGAAUUGAAGUCAGGGACAAAUGAGAACUUUGUUUACAAGCAGCCAUUAUUCUACACUGAAAUAUUUUGCCAUUGCAAAAAGGUCAUUGAAAACCCUUUGUACUGCCAAUAAUUUUCAUUUAUAAAUGAAAAGUGAAGUUUAAUAAGGGCGUUUCACAGUAGGCCAAUCACAAUGCGCGAAAUUUGUCGACCCAAUGCGCGUUUGGAAAUGGUAAAAAAUUUCGCCUGUUGCGAUUAGCCAACGCGUCGCAAACUCUUGGAGGCGCACUUUUGUGAAUUGCCCAUAUUAGGCAUGGAGGUGUAUGCCAUAUACUGAAGUUACCAAAACCUGCGUGUCGAUUUAGGGGGCUGUCCAAGUGUUAACUGUAUUUUCAGGGUAUCACAAAACACACGUAGGAUUGGGUUGAGGGCAACCUGUCAUUUCAGACACGGAAAACAACACUAACUGUUUAAUUUAAAAUUAUUUUUGUGUUGGUGAAUUGUUGAAACUUGUGAAAAGUCUAAGGCACAUGUAGUUGUCAUGGAAAAGGAACUCUGGCAAUCCACAUGGAGAGUCAAACAUUUGAUCUGACAUGCUUGAGAUUGAUAUAGCAUCUUUGAUUAAAAGCCUUCACAAUCAACCAUUAUUUGGUCCUCUCUUAAUUCUCCAGAGGAGAAUUAAACUCUGAGCCACCUGUUGUACUUGCUUCAGCAUGUGUGCACACUUGUACAGCGGUAAUUUGUGUUUUCUCACUCGAUAUGCUCAUCAAAAAAAAAAAAUUAAUAAUACUGAGCUGGAAACUUCAAAAGUCAGGGACCAACAAUCAGGAAGUUGGGGCUUGGAAACUGUCAGUUCAACUCACACGCACCUGCAGAUAUGUGGAGAGCAAAAUAAACCCUGCCGAAAUUUGAUACAAGUUUAGUUUUGAUGUAACCUUAAAUCAACAACUACUUCAGAAGUGCCAAGCACAAGCGCUUUGCAUUCACCUACAUGCAGUGUGAUUUUGAACUGAAUGCGUUUGCAGGUAAAUUGCUCCCACUGUUUCAAACAGGGCUUGUAGGAGAGCAAAUUAAAUAUGCACCGACACAUGAUGUAUCCAGUUCGUAAGUGUGACGUCACUUCACUUUGAACCACGCCCACUGCACGUGUACUGCACAGA